ACUCCACCUCUCAACUUACAUGAUGUUUAAUACCACAGCACUCCUUAUGAGGUCUUGUGGACUUUAGACCUAGAUGGCUCAAAGCUGUUUUAGAGGCACGAGGACGGAAUGGAUAAUAUUAUGUGGUGGUUAUAAUGUUACAGCUCAUCAGUGUACACUAUUGCUUAAAGCUUAACAAGUGAGAGAUCUUCAGUAUCAAAAAGAUACUUAUGCAACCAUGUGUUCAAAAUCUCUCUCUCUCUCUCUCUCUCUCUCUCUCUCUCUCUCUCUCUCUCUCUCUCUCUCUCCUGCUCUCUCUCUCCUGCUCUCUCUCUCCACUCUCCACCCCAUUUCUCUGCCACCCAGAACCAGGAAGUCUCUCUCCCUUAUUUCACAGAAAAUGCUCUGAGUGACUCUUUCUCUCUCUCUCACUCUCUCUGUGAGUUCAGGAAAAUGGCUGAGGCGAGUAUUUCAGUAGAUCAGGAUCAGUUCAUCUGUCCAGUGUGUCUGGAUCUCCUGAAGGAUCCGGUGACUCUCUCCUGUGGUCACAGUUUCUGUAAGGUGUGUAUUAAUGGCUGCUGGGAUCAGGAGGAUCAGAAGGACGUCUACAGCUGUCCUCAGUGCAGAGACACUUUCACACCAAGGCCUGUUCUACGCAGAAACAACAUGCUGGCUGAGGUGGUGGAGAAACUGAAGAAGAAGACUGAAGUCCAAGCUGCUUCUCCUGCUCACUGUUAUGCUGGACCUGGAGAUGUGGAGUGUGAUUUCUGCACAGGGAGGAAAUACAAAGCCAUCAAGUCCUGUCUAGUGUGUGUGGCUUCAUUUUGUGAAACUCAUCUCAAACCUCAUCUUGAAAGUCCUGCUUUGAAAAAACACACAGUAAUUGAAGCCUCUGGAAAUAUACAAGAGAAGAUCUGCCCUGAACACAAUGAAGUUCUGAAGAUCUUCUGUCGUACUGAUCAGAGAUGUAUUUGCUCUUUGUGCUUGUUGGAUAAACAUAAAGGCCAUGACGUUGUAUCAGUUGCAGCAGGAAGAGCUGAGAAACAGAGUGAGUUAAAGAAGGAGAAGAUGAAAUUCCAGCAGAGACUCCAGAAGAAGCAGAAGAAGGUGCAGGAGCUGAAACAGGCUGUGAACACUAUAAAGCUCAAUGCACAGACAGCAGUGGAGGACAAUGAGAUCAUCUUUACUGAGAUGAUCAGCUUCAUGGAGAAAAAGCGCUCGGAGGUGACGGAGAUGAUCAGAGCUCAGGAGAAGGCUGAACUGAGUCGAACUGAACGACUCCUGGAGCAACUGGAGCAGGAGAUUGAUGAUCUACAGAGGAGAGUCACUGAGCUGGAGAAGCUUUCACACACACAUGAUCACAUCCAUUUCCUCCAGACUUUAGCUUCUGGACGUCAGUCUCCUCUAUUACACAGACCAAAUUUUAACACAUCCAGCAUCAGGGUCUCUCAACAUCUGUCAUUUGACAGAGUGAAGAAUUCUCUCUCAGACCUGAAGAAGAGACUGGAGGAAUUCUGUGAGGAGGAAUUCAACAAAAUCCGUCCACAUGUUGCAGCAGUUUAUAUUAUUUCACUAUCGGAGCUACAGAGCAGAGAAAAAUUUCUCAAAUAUUUCUGUUCUCUGACUCUGGAUCCCAACACGACACAUCGUAACCUCAUUCUGUCUGAGAAGAACAGAGCAGUGACUGUCAGUGAGAUAGAGCAGAAGUACUCUGAUCAUCCAGAAAGAUUUGACUGUUGGGAACAGAUGUUGUGUAAGGAGAGUGUGUGUGGACGCUGUAACUGGGAGGUGGAGUGGCGCGGUGAUGGUGUGUACAUAGCAGUCUCAUAUAAAGACAUCAGCAAGAAACAAGACAGUAUUGAGUGUGUGUUUGGACGCAACAAACAGUCCUGGAGUCUACAAUGUUCUUCUACAUCCCUCUCUUUCUAUCACAACAACAUUAUGACUGAUCUCAGAGUUCCAUCAUCCCCCAGAAUAGGAGUGUAUGUGGAUCACAGUGCAGGAACUCUGUCCUUCUACCGUGUCUCUGACACCAUGAAGCUCCUCCACAGAGUCCACACCACAUUCACUCAGCCUCUAUAUGCUGGGUUUACACUUAGUCUCCUGUCAAAAGUGAGGUUGUGUGAUCCACAAUAACAUGUAUCUGGUGUUUUAUGGUCAGUAACAAGUACAAAUUGAAUGUCUAAUGAUCUUAUAGACAAAGUGUUUCAUUUCAGCAGGAUUACUCAUUAUAGUGUCAUUAAAGAUGUCGUUCCUGAGAAACAAAACAUUUGUGAAAUGUAACACAAACACAGAAUAUUCAUUCUUUGUAACAUGGUAAUCAUUUAUAUUUUAAUCCAGAAGUGAGGUUUGUAGGUUUAAGGGGUGUGUCUGUGUUCAGAAUAAACCAAUCACAUUCACUCUUAUGUACAAAGAUCAUUCAUACAUCUGCACCAAUGAUAUGAUUCUGAUGAACUCCAAAUAAAGAAGCUUCUGUAGGACUUUCUUUAAA